AUGCCAGCAGACGAUUACAUAUCGGCAGCCGGAGCUGGUGCCCUCAAGCUAAAAGGUGGGAAGAUACAGAAGAAUAAGAAAAAGAAGAAGACCAAGGUUUCAAACCUUGAGCGAUCCCUCACUCCGGGAGAUAACUCCACCUCCACUUCCACUUCCAAGCCCAAAGAUGUCGAGGAUCCCCGACAACGCAAUAGCAAAGAUGUAGACGACGGCGGCGAAGGUGACGUAGUCGUACAGAAGACCGAGGCCGAGCGCCGGUACGAAGAAGCCAAUAGAAAAAAGAUGUUAAAGAUGCUCGAAGAUCCAAAGGUAGCUUCCGAGUUUCGAAAGACGCACAAAGAGAGAGUAGAAGGCCUGAAUACCUAUCUUUCCAAGCUUAGCGAGCACCACGACAUGCCUAAGAUCGGCCCAGGAUAA